UGUCACGUGAUAUAUGCGCCAUUGCAAUAGCUCGACAGACGGAAUUUCUAAGAAGGGGUGGACAAUCGUACACCAUCUGCGUAUCUGGAUAGUUAAUCCGGAUUAGUGAAGAUUAUCUGGACAUCUAGGAAAGAUGUGGAAAAUUAGGGAGAUAACAGAUAAAGUCACCAAUGUGGUGAUGAAUUAUACAGAGGUGGAAACAAAAGUCCGAGAAGCCACGAAUGAUGAUGCAUGGGGGCCACAUGGUCAGAUUAUGCAAGAAAUUGCCAGAUACACAUUUACAUACGAGCACUUCCCAGAGGUGAUGGGUAUGUUGUGGAAACGCAUGCUUCAUGAUAAUAAAAAGAACUGGAGGAGAACGUAUAAGUCCUUACUUUUGUUGUCAUACCUGGUCAGAAAUGGAUCUGAGAGGUGUGUAACGAGUUGUAGGGAGCACCUGUAUGAUCUGCGUGGAUUGGAAAGUUACACAUUCACAGAUGAAAUGGGAAAAGACCAAGGUUUAAACGUAAGGCAGAAAGCCAGGGAACUCGUAGAAUUUAUUCAGGAUGAUGAACGAUUACGAGAAGAGCGUAAAAAGGCUAAGAAGAAUCGAGACAAGUACAUAGGAAUGUCUGGUGAUAGUUAUUCAUCAGGCAGCAGAUACAGUGACAGGUAUGAUGAGGAUCCUGUAUCAUCAGGGAGCAGAUCUAAAUAUAAACUAGAUGAAAUUGAUGAUUGGGAUUCCGGCAACAAGUCAAUAGCAACAGAAGCAGUUGACAAGGUCAAAGGUCUUUGGAACAAAGUUCAAGGUCGAAGGGGUCCAGAAGAUAUUGUUGACUACAGCUCAAACCGUGCCCCCGGCAGAAAGAACAGUUUGACUGAUUUUAGGUACUCUAAGCCAACAAGUGAUGAACCAGACAACAAAAUAGAUGAUUUUGACGAUGCGCCCAAUUCCAAAUAUUCCUAUAAAGAUGACGAUGAAGAAUUCACCUCUGUAGAACGAACACAUACAACCAGAACUGAAAAAAUAACAACGAAUCGACGUACAAGAUCUGUCGGGAAAAAAUUAGAUUUAGGGGCAUCUUCUAAUUUAGCCAAAGAAAUAUCAGAUACAACGUCACAGUCCAGUAGUACCGGUGUCAAAGAAGACUUUGGUCCCAGUUUGAUAGACAUGGGUAGUACAAAGACUGGAGAUGACGGCUUCUCAGAUUUUGCAGAUUUUAAAUCUGCGACAGCAAAUGGUGAAUUUAAUCCAAGAGCUGGUACAACAGCUGUUUCUCCAAACAAAGAAUCUUUUGGGGACUUUGCAAGUUUUGAUAAUGGUCCUAACACUGCAAAACCAGCUGGAAGUGACAGUUUUGCUGACUUCUCUCAAUUCAACUCAGCUGCAGCAAGCUCUUCAAAUUCAGCAUCAACGAGUAACGACUUACUGGAUGUGUUUGGGAACAGUUCAACAUCAGCCUCCAUGCCUGCCAGUGGUACAGCUAUGGGCAAUCCAAUGAUGGGCAACAUGCAGCCCAUGAACAACAUGUCCAUGUCAGGAAUGAAUCCACCCAUGAUGGGGGUUAGCAUGAAUGUGGGAAUGACUGGUGUGCCAAAUCAGAUGGGAAUGAACCCACAGAUGAUGGGUAUGACCCCACAGUCUCAAGGUCAAAUGACGGGAAUGUCCUCGAACAUGAUGUCACAAGGCAUGAUGACACCCAUGUCAAUGCAACAGCAGCAGCCUAUGAUGAUGCAGCCAGGAAUGCCACAAAACAUGGGAUUUGCAGCCAGCUUCCCCAUGCAAAGCACUGGAAUGGUUGCAGAAGAAACAGAAAUAACUAGCAUUACUGCGUCCGCAUCUGAGACCAAGCAGAAGACUUCCAACACCUGGACUGAUUCAGGAAAAGUUAACAUUGACCUGGAUGGGCUAUCAUCUCCAAAUAAGUACCAGAAACAUGCACAACCGUCCAUGAACCAACUUCAACAGCAAACUAGUCAAGGAGUUCCAUAUAACACUUGGAGCCCUGAAAUGUAUCAGCUGGGGUACACAACUGAAUAUGGAAUGAUGGGAAACCAGCCAGGAAUGGCAGGGUUACAACAGGGAAUGCAAAACAUGUCCAUUAACCAGGGCAAUAUGAUGGGACAGCCAAUGAUGGGGCAGCCCAGACCAAUGGUUGGACAAAUGGGAAUGUCUGUUGGAAUGCAAGGAAGUAUGGGGAUGCAGACAGGAAUGGGAAAUAUGCCUAGUGGAUCUAUGGGAAUGCAAAGUAAAAUGAUGGGACAAAGUCAGUUUCAGCAAAGAACUGAUGCAGCAUUUAGUUCAUUUGGUAACUUUGGGAAAAAAUAACGAGGAAAAAGGAAGGGGCAUUUUAUCCUUUGGAUUCUUAUAAAAUGAGACAGAAAUCUCCAACAUUCUUAAAAAAAAAAUAAACAUUCUGGAGACCCGAGGACAAUGGAGAACUUUCCAUUUCUUGUUUUCAGCAGUGCUGUAAUUUGACAUCUCUGUUAACACAUGUAUUUCUGUGAAAUAGAAGUUUGUAUUUCUUUCAAGGAAUUGAACAGCAGUGUGGAUCAAGUAAAUUUUAAUUUAAGUGAAAAAUGUUGAAUUCUUUUUUUUUAUAUUGAUCAUAUGUGCAAUAUUUUUGUAUAUCAAAAUCGGGUCCAAAACUUCGGAGAUUGAUAUUUAUGAAAGAAAAAAAAUAUUCACUUAUUAUGUAACUCAAGAACCAUAACGAUGUGAACUCCAUCCCACAGUAGAUGUGAUUAACUACAUAUGUAAUUAAUAUUUUCAAUCUUACAUAGAUGUCUAUUAAGAACUAACAAUACAGGCCAAAAUUGUUCUUAUUAUGACAGCAUUCUCAAAUUGUAAAAAAAAUCAAAUAAGAAAAAAAAUCUUAAAACUUUCAUCAGGUUGUGAGAAAAAAGAAACAUCUAAUGUUAUGAAAGAUCUUUUCUGUUAUGUAAUGUGAGAUCUGCAUAAAUUUAUUGUCAAUUUUCUUUCACGAGAUGCUUCAUCCUUUUACUGUACUUUUAUUGAAACAUCAUUUAACUAGUAUAUUCCCCUAGUUACUAACAUAUAAAAGUAUAUGUAUUUAAAAAUUUUAAUGCUUAUCAUGCUAUUGGAUUUUUUAACAAUGUCCAGAUUGUCAUAUAAAUUUAAACAUUAUCUGGAUUCAGAUUUUGAUUGAUUGUAUACACUGUUCUAAAUUGUCUCCCCAUUUCACAGUAAAAUAUUUUGCCUUAUAAAAUUCAUGAAGAGUUAUCUCAACAUUAUCCAUCAAAAAUUCUUCAAAAAGAAAAUGCAUCAAAUAUAUCACAUGGAAGAACAUAUCAUGGUGUUGGACAGAGGAGAUAUUUGUAUAUUGUGAUAGGCUUCUGCAACAUUCCACUGUAUCUAGAUGCAUUGAAAACCUUGCUCAGAUCAACUGCUAGUUUACAGCAGCAUUUGCUUUGAUUGGAAGGAUAUUAACUUUUUUGUACAAUCAUCUUGCUGAUACAAAAAUUCAUUGCAUUAUUAUGUUUAACAUCAGACAAGUGCUAUGAGUGAAGUAUGCUGAUACAGGUUUAAAAUCAUUCUACAAUAUACAUGUACUAGCAUGCAUUAUCAUAUGGGUCCAAAUACUACAUAUUUCAGAUGUAUAAAAAGGUUUGUUAACAUGAAGUUUCUUUUAGUAGCUGGUGAUGUAGAAAGGAUUGAAUGAAAUAUUAGAAAUAAAAUCUGUUAUAAGAAAUAUACAUGUAAAUGUAGCAAUUGCAAAGAUCUCUAGUGAAUAUUUAACAAAAGACAAUUGUAAAGCUGUUUCUUAAAAUAUAUAGGCAUAAUUGUUAUUCUUCGUCAUUAAAAGCUUGGGUUUUCUGAUUUUUAAAUCGGUAAACUUGAGAAAUGAUUUUAUUUCUUAAGAUAUUUAAUGUAUAUUUAAAUUACUCAUAUUGUUAAUUGUUGAUGUGUGAUUUUGAUUUAAAUGAAAUAUAAUUUUUAAGCGUAACUUGUUACAUAUUGAUAUUUACUUGUGUGACUGUAUUGCAUAUUGUGUUUAAUGUGAAAAGCAUGAGUGAAUUUGUACAUAUAUAUACUGUUGUAUACAAGACGCAGUAUUAUAAUAAAGGAGUAAAAAUGUC